UUGUUCCUUUUCGUUAGUGACAACAAUGAAAACGAAUUCUGAGUGAGAUUUUAAGAGCAAUGAAUUUGCUAACCAGGCGGAAAAGCUUAGUGAUACUGAUUCUUUGGCUGUGUAUAGAGUUUUCUGAGGCUGUGACAGACUUUCAAAAUCUAAUGGCAAUGUGGCGUCAUUACAGUGGUCAACUAAUGGACGGAAAUAGCUCCUACUACGGUUAUUACAAAGGAGGUGGAGCGUGUUCGUUAGACCCCUUAACAUCAGACUACAGCCAUAAGGGUUGGAUCAAGGUCGCAGCAAGCGAUGGAGAGUUUCAAAAAUCACUUGGCUGUGGAAUGUGCGUGGAAAUUACAGGUCAAGGAAUUCUUGCCGAUCUUACUGAAAAAGGAAGAAUACCAAAGACACCAAUCUUAGGCCCAAUAUACGCAUUUGUGAUCGAUCGUUGUGGAAACUGUAAACAAGGGUUCGACUUGUAUACCCCUGGUUCUGACCAGUGGAAGACUCAGUUCAAAGCGAUCGAUUGUCCAACAGUUUCCGGCAUAAAUGGAAACAUCAAGUUCAGAUUCGUGGAGAGCAACCCAUGGGCCAUGAAAUUGCAAACUCGAAAUUCCAGGCAAGUUUUAUCUGUGAUAUAUGUGCCAAAUUAA